CAUUAUCAAAAAGGGCGACAUCAGGCGACAUUCUCCACCGAUGUUUGCCCGACAAGGAUUUUUGACAGGCUGUAUUGCGACACUUGCGAGAUAAUUUCGGGAGCUGGUGCUGUUGUUUACUCGGCCGCGAGAGAUAAAUGGCGCGUGCAGGUGCCGCGACGAAGAAAACGAAGAACGCAGGUGGAAUUGUUCGCUGCGAGGGCUCGUCGUCGCGCAUCGCGCUCGAGGAACAUGAUAAAUCAGAGCUCGGACUCGGAGUCGGUCGCGAGCACGAUGGAACGAGACGCGCGACAGCGAUCGAGGCACGGCGCGAACGGGAGGCUGGCGACCUUCGUCUGGCGACGAGAGAAUAACUCGCGGCAGGAAUGGAAGAGGGAGGAGUCGAACGACGCCAGGGCGAUGGAGCCCAAGUUCAAGAACCCCUCGAGCAGCAGAGUGUCCUUUGGCUUCUUCAGGAACAUCAAGAAGCACUUGCGGAUCAAGAAUCUCUGCAAAUCCAAGCAGAAGGACAAGGAGACGGAGACGGUGAAUCUUCCCGGUACAAAUCCAAACACCAUUCUGUCUGUCGCUGAGGCUCUCAGCUCCCAUCAGGACCGAGAAUCAUCGAACGACGAGCAGGAGAUGCUAUCGGCGGACAGACAAGUCCUGCACGAGGGUAGAUUGGGCGACGUACUUGAAAAUUCCUGCCACGUUACCGAGAGGAGUGUAGAUAAUGUUAGCACGCGACAAGACGCUACUGCUGCCACUGAUCUGUGUAUAGUUCCUAUGGGUCGACAAGACGAGUCAACGAGCGACGUUGCGGUUGCCGAUGACGCAACAGCGACGCAAGCCAGCCGUUCUGACGCAACGGCUGAUGUUCCUAGUGCAAUAGCGGAGGCUCCUGCUGGCGCGAGUGAGUCGUUGACCAACGAUAAUAGAGUCAAAGCGAGUCUUGCGAAAGAGUUGCUCAAUCUAAGCAAGUACGGGUGGUAUUGGGGCCCCAUAUCCGGAGAGGAAGCCGAUGGCAAGCUCAUAUCCGAACCAGACGGCGCGUUCUUGGUUCGGGACUCGUCGGACGACAGAUACGUCCUAACGCUCAGCUUCAAGUCGUCCGGCAAGAUGCUGCACGCGCGCAUGGAACACAGCGGCGGCCUAUUCUCGCUGUGCAAUCAGUGCACGGAGAGCGAGGGCUUCACUUCAGUCGCCGCUUUGAUAAAUCACUCGAUGAACUUCAGCCAGUCAGCGGUUAUUUGCUACUCGAGGCCGAAGUACCCGGGAUACCCGUCGUUUCCAGUGAGACUAACGAAGCCGGUGAGCAGGUUCACGCAAGUAAGAAGUCUGCAGUAUCUUUGCCGUUUUGUCAUUCGUCAGAACACUAGACUAGAUAAUAUACAUAAGCUGCCUUUGCCAAAAACUAUCAAGGGGUAUAUUCAAGAAGCGCACUACUGAGAUUUAAAAGAAUGAACAAAGAGAUAGAAUAUCUGUCAGAGAGAUUGAUGAUGAAAUUAUUUUUAUUAAGAUAAACAAAGUGUUGAAAACAAAGAGUGGUGUAGUAAAGUGCAAAUUUCUAUAACGAAGUAGCGGAGUUGUUAACAGCAUAUACCUAUGUGAAAAAUUCGGAUUUUUAUCCCCAAUGUUGUACCGCGUCAGAAAUAUUUUCAUUUGUUUCACGAUGAUCUACCAUUACCCGUAUAAAUAUUGAAAAGUGCGAAAUGAAUAAUGAUAGUUUAUAAGUAGUUGAAAAAUGGAUAUUACACUUACCUAUCUUUCAGAGAGAAAAAAAACGAGGUAUAAGUCUAUUAUUUUUGUAGAAACGAGGAAUAUAUUUUAUAUUUGUUGCAAAUUAUGUAUCUCGAAAGUCUGAAAGGAAAUUAAUAUCAUAGGAUCGUAAAAGUCUUAUCUUAAGCCGGACUUUUUGUUACUUCAUCAUGACAAGACGCGCGUACGAGGAGCGUGGCGAAAUUUUUAUAUGAAAA